AUGCAUCCAGCUCUCGCUCAUGGGGGAAGGAUUGCUUCGAGGACUGCGGAUGAAGAGGUAUUCAACGUAGGUCAUAUUAUUGAAUAUUUCAUUCUAUCGCCUUUAGUGGUGCAACAGACAAGAUUGUAUAUAUGUGGUGUUUAUUACGGCGUCGGGCCUACAAAGUCUAGCACUACUCAGCCAUAUUUAACCUGGGUGAAUCAUCUCGAUGACUUUUUGUCCUUGAAGACUAAUGCGCAUGAGGCCAUUCUUACUCAAAGUUAUCAAGGAUCAGAAUCCGAGGAAAUCUAG